AAAAACAGAACAAAACAUGGGGCAUGAACUGUAUCCUAAGAUUUCCCAAAAAUCUAACCAUUCUUUUUUGUUCCAUUCUCAUGGCUUCCACAACAACACCUUCUCCACAGAUUCUAUUAUUCAACCCAAUCUUAGGAAACAUCAAAACAAUAAAAGGAGUAAGGUUUUUUAGGAUAACAAAAUCCACAAACUCUCACUAUAGUUUACAAGUUCAUGCUUCUAAGGACUCUCAAGGACCCCAAAAAGCACCAUCUGGAGUUGACACAAGAAUUCAUUGGGAAAAUGAAGAUGAAGGUUGGAUUGGAGGUAACACUAAACAGAAACAAACAAAUGAAGAUGUGAAACAACCUAAGAAGCUUUUGGGUGAAGAUUUUGCUGAUUUGCUUAGUUUUCAAGGUUCUCAUUAUGAAUUCUUAGGAGUACCACCAGAGUCUAGUGCUGAAGAAAUCAAAGUAGCAUUCAGGAAACUAUCAAAGGAAUAUCAUCCAGACACAACUUCACUCCCUCUAAAAACAGCCUCAGAAAAAUUCAUGAAAUUAAAAGAGGUUUACACUGUUCUCAGCAAUGAUGAAAGUAGAAGAUUUUAUGAUUGGUCCCUAGCUCAAGAGGUUGCAAGUCGUCAACAAGAGAAAUUGAAAAUUAAAUUUGAGGAUCCUUAUGAGGUAGAAUUGAUCAAUUAUGAACCUGUUCCAGAUAUGGUUGAUAGACUUGGUGGAAAGAAUAUGAAGCUUAGUGAUCAAGCUGUUUCUGCUAUCACUAUUGAUGUUUUUAUCAUUAUUUUUGCUAUAUGUUGUUUUACUUAUGUAGUUUUAUUUAAAUAAUAUUAGUAUAUUACUCUGAUAAUUAGUCAACCAAUUAGAAUCUGUAUUUCAAAAA